AUGGCUCUCGCCUUUCCAAUUGGAGCCGGAGGGGACUGGCUGGUUGGAGAGCUGUCCCGCCCAGGAGGUUGCCGUCUGUCGGCUCUGCCGUGCGGUCGCUGGCUCAAGGCCCCCCGGCUUCACAGGCGUCCAACCAUCCAGGAGCAUGACGUGGAGACCCCAUACGGGAUCCUGCACGUGACCAUCCAUGGAUCGCCCCGGGGAAACCGCCCGGCCAUCCUGACCUACCACGAUGUCGGACUCAACCAUAAGACCUGCUUCAACACCCUCUUCAAAUUCGAGGACAUGAUGGAGAUCACCAAGAACUUUGUAGUGUGCCACAUCGACGCUCCGGGUCAGCAGGAAGGAGCUGCCCCAUUCCCCACCGGGUACCAAUACCCAUCGAUGGAGCAGUUGUGUGAGAUGCUGCCUUGUGUUAUACAGUACUUCAAUUUCCGAAGUAUCAUUGGAGUGGGGGCUGGUGCUGGGGCGUACAUCCUGGCAAAGUUUGCUAGACACUCCCCAGAUCUGGUUGAGGGCCUAGUCCUUCUCAAUAUUGACCCGAACGCUAAAGGAUGGAUGGACUGGGCUGCUUCGAAGAUUACUGGGUUGACCAGCUCUCUGACUGAUGUGAUCCUUGCUCACCUCUUCAGCCAGGAGGAACUCUCCAACAACUCGGAGUUGAUUCAUGCGUACCGCCAACACAUGACCGAAGGGAACACCUUGAGCAACAUCGAACUGUACUGGAACAGCUACAACAGUCGCCGCGACCUGGAGAUAGACCGCGUUGGCGCAGGAACUCUCAAGUGCCCUGUCAUGUUGGUGGUGGGCGAUCAUGCUCCUCAUGAGGACGCCGUGGUUGAGUGCAACGCAAAACUCGAUCCAACUCAGACGUCCUUCCUCAAGAUGGCCGACUCUGGAGGACAGCCCCAGAUCUCUCAGCCAGGGAAGCUGACUGAAGCCUUCAAGUACUUCGUCCAAGGAAUGGGAUACAUGCCCUCCGCCGGGAUGACCAGGCUGUCCCGCUCGCGUACCACCUCGCUGUCCGGAGCAUCCGGGGACGGCUCCCGCUCCCGCUCCCGCACCCUGUCCCAGGGCAGCGACGGCGGGGCCCUGGUCUCUUCCAGCCCCUCCCAGACCAUGGAGGUCUCCUGCUGAGCUGCAGCAAGCCUGGGAGUGAAGGCCGCAGCCUGGACCUGGGGGGGGGGGGGAGGGGAAGGAAGGGAGGGAGGGAAGGAGGGUGAGGCUAGGCCCGUCUGCUUGUCCCCCUCAGGAGCUGCCGGGGAGGAGCUCUCAACGUUUCGUGACAUGAGUUAAAAAGAAAAAUAACGUCAAAUCUUUUCUUUCUGAGACUAAUUUUCCUGCCACUGAUAUUAUUUUUUCCCCCCCUCUCCCUCCCUGAAAGGGUCGGUGGGUUUGUUUUGUGUAUAACGCUGCAUGGUCAUCGCCCCCCUCCCCUCUUCUCCCCUCUCCUCUUCCACUCGAGCGAUGACGCCCACUCGCUGCCGAUGCGGGCGGCCAUUUUGUCAAGCUCGCAUGCGGGCGGUCGGUCGGUCGGGUCUGGCUGACGCUUUGAGCGGGCGGCCAUUUUGUCAGCACGGGAGUUUUGGGGGGGGGGGGGGGUGGCGAGGGGUUUUGGCUGACUCCACCCUGAGCGGUCCACCAUUUUGUCGAACUCGCCCGCAGGCGGUCGGCUUGGCCGACGCACGUUAAGUGGUCAGCCAUUUUGUCAACAGGGCCAAGUCAGUUUUGCUGACUGCCUCACCCCGCCACUCGAGCAGUCGGCCAUUUUGUCAGCGGGUUCUGCUGACCCCCUCCGUCGGUCGGCCAUUUUGUCAACCCGCCGGCGGGCGGUGGGUUCGGCUGAACCUCUCCCCACACACACACACCCACCGCUUCCCCGAUCGGGCGGCCAUUUUGUCACCAGCUUGCAGGCGGCCGCGGGGAGUUCGCUGGGGUUCAGGCACCUCGCCAACCCCCCCCCCCCCCCCCCUUCCCACCGUGUUUCCCCUCCCAACCCUUGACCAUAAGCACAGGGGUGUGACGCGGGGUGGGGAUGAGGGGAGCAGAAAGAGACACACCGACUCUCCCCUGCCCCACGAAAGCACAAAUCGCGAAGCCCGGACCCAAGGGGGGGGUUGGGGGUGGAAUCGAGGCGUGGUGAGAUUGACGUGGGGGGG